CCCUUGGCUAUUUCUGGGCAUGUGUUCCUCCUCUCUCUUGCUCUCAGACACCCCUAUAUCUCUUCUCACACCAGCUCCCCUCUGUUGCUGCUGCUAAACAUUUUGUAUACAUUUGUCUGCCCUCUUGCUUCUCCUCCUCCUCCUCCUCUUUUAUCUUUUGGUGCUUGGGGCUCAUAAAUCCAUGCAGCUGGUGUUGUUCUAUGUUUUUAAAAUUUUUGGUCCCUUUCUUUCUUUCAAGCUCUGCUUCGUCUGUUGUCCUUUUGGUGCUACUCUGUCUCGCACUCUUUCUUUCUAUGGUUGCCAAUGCAUUCAAUACCUGGCUCUACUCUACUGUACACUUCUCCACGUACCUCUUUGCCCUUCUGCACCACCAGCCACCAUCUAUUUAAUCUCUCCUCUUUCUCUCUCAUCCAUUAGCCUCCAAAACCAAGAGUUAGAACAAGUUAGAGAACUGAACAGUCCCUCUCCUUCCAUUUUUUCCCUUCUCUUUCCCUGUACUCAUUCAAUCAUUUGACCACUUCAGAUGGGUCAUUUUCUCCACCGCAUCAAAACUUGGAGACCUGUUCGCCUUGCCCUCGUAGUGCUUCUUCUUGUGAGCUCCAACCAAGUAAAAUACUCGGUUGAAGGUAGAUCAUUGUUUAAGCUUUUAGAGGCUGCCAAGGGGAGAGAUGAAGAGGUGGUGACGAUGAGAGCUUUGAUAGGAUCGAGGCCGCCGAGAUGUGAGACGAAAUGCAGUUCAUGCGGCCACUGUGAGGCAGUUCAGGUGCCUGUAGUCCCACAAGACAAGAACGGAUUUAGGUAUUUCUUCGAUACAAUCACUUCCAGGGGGGGUGACAGCUCCAACUACAAGCCCAUGAACUGGAAAUGCAAGUGUGGAAACAUGCUACUAAAUCCAUAAGCAAAAGAAACAAGAGAGAAUUAGCUGUAAUCUUUUCAAUUUGUGGAUAGAUACUUGAGAGGAAGUGAGAUUCUUUGAUCACUUUUUAGUGCUCAUGCUCUGUGUCAUUUGCUUGAAUGCAAAAAUCACUUGUCUCCCUCCACUCAUUUCUGUAAUCAUCAUCACUUCCCCUUGUUUUGUUACCAGAUCUGGGAAGUAUAACUCAUCCUUGGAAUUUUGUAGAGUUUUUAUUUACUCUGGCUGUCAAAUUCUAAUAACGCAUGGUCACUUCUUUCACCUCUCCCUC